AAUGACGCAAAUUAUUUUCCAGCGUGUAUAUUUUGAAAAUGAUACCAAAAAUUUACAAUAAAAACGGUUUUGUCAGUUGUGUUUUUGUAGGCAUUAUUGUGUUGUAUUCAGUAUAUAUUUUGAAGCAGUUGGUAAGCUUGUUGGUCAGGGCGAUAUUUAGGGUCUAAAUUGUAUGAGAUAGCAGGCAUGUUGAUCAGUAAAGUAUCAGACAGUGAAGAGGGAAAGAGGGAGAGUGUCGCCGUCCCGGCCGCGGAGAGUGAUUCACAUCAUCACUAUGAGACCGCAAAUGAACUGUUUGAGUUUAUGGCGCAGAAUCAGAACUUCAACACCGGUGAUAUGGACAAGCUCACUACCAGAGACCUAGUUAUUCUCUACAAGAACAUCGACCUUGGAACAAAGCUUAUGUCGGAAGCUAGUGAACUGAGAAACAGAAAAUCAAAUCAACAUGUCGAGAGUGUGGUACACAAAGACGAAGCAGAGUCUGACGGCUCAGACAGUAGCGAUAUCUACAGCAGUGACGACCUCGCAAGUGUGUACCUCAUCAACAAGGAGAAACUCGACCUCAUCAGUAGUCCAUUAUCUGCAGAAAACACUUUGUGCCAAAAAAUAGGAGGUCUUGAGAUGCACACCCUUGGCCUCACCACCGAAUAUGACAAACAUUUCCUCUUCAAAGAUCCCUACAUCAAUAAACAGCUCACAAGCAUGAGAUUUAUGAACAAUGCCUCUGACACAAACACAGUACUUCCGACUUCCUUACUUGACUACAUUUGUUGCAAACGUUUGGAAGACAACUAUAAUUUUUACAUGGAUAAUAUUAUUCGAUACGUAAAACAUACAAUAGAGCAACUGAAACGCAUUAGCAACGGUGAUUAUUUAACGGAAAAAGUAAAGGAAAAGUGGCGUGAAGUUGAGAGUACGGUAGAAGAUAACUGUCAUGUCAAUACUAAAGUUCUAGCGACAUCUUCCAGCAUCCCGAUGCACGUGGAAAGAAAAAUUGGACGUAGAGAGUCCACGUGGGAUGACAUAGUUCACUCAGCAAUGGACAUUAGAUCACUGACGAAAAUUCUUGAAAAGAGAAUUAUAGUAGAAGUUCCGAAACUCAUUUGUGGUUCGUAUAAACUUCUGAGUAAAUGUUGUGCCGAAAACUUAAUCAUCCGGUGCAAGAAAGAGAAGCGGCCAGUUGAAGACGCCACAAACGCCGAGUCACGGAUGGACGUUGUGUUUCAGUUACAACGUUCUGAGACUGGACAAGUCGUCAGCAAGAUUAGUUCUAUCAUGAUCUUAAAAACUUCUCCAACUAUUCAUGAUCCUCUUGAACAAGAUAUGAAGCCCUUAGCUUUACCUUAUAAUGAGGAAAGUAAUAAAGAAUAUAUUCCGGAGACUACAACUAAAAUAGUGGAAUUAGAACCCAUAAGUGUGGAUGAAUCUACUACAGAAAUAUCCGUUACUUCCGAGUACAGUGUACAAAUUAUUGAAAAUCCAACUGUAGAGACUGUAGACAUUAUUGAUUGUGGAUACAGUGACCACGAGGGCACUGAAUCAUCCAAAAACUCCUUUCAUAUUAUAUCGAGUGAUUCGAGUGAUGCUUUAAAAGAUAUUUUGUGUAGGAAAGUUCAGCUUGCGCACAGAGAAAAAUGUGGUGACGUAUUUCCAGAUGACUUGCGAUUUACAAUACAAAAGUUAACUAUGCAAAGUGCUUUAACGGAGGAAAGUGCAGAAGACGUAUCGUACUCAACAAAGAAGAAGUCGCCGACACGAGUCCGAAUCAAGUCACCAUACGAAAAUCAAUCGCUUAUAAUGGAGGAGAAAAAACGUAGGAAGUUAUUAGAAAUAAGAGAGAGACGAGAAAGAAAGAAAAUGGCUCUCGCUGAAAACUGCAAACUUAGGAAGCAUAGAUUUGGAAAGGGAGCUGUAAUGCCACAAUCUGUCAGUUCUGUUACAAAACUGUCAAUAUCCAACAAAUCUUUCUACAAUUCUAUUUAUGGCCAGUUGGAUACGGAUUCUAGAAAGCAAACCAAAGCCAGAACCCGACGGGGAUCGAAGCGAAACAUUCUGGACAUUGACAUUUUUGAGAGAAAUUAUGACACACCACUGUUAACUCCAGAGCAAAACAGCAAUAAAUAUACCAGCAGGAGCUAUGACUUAGACGAUACCGUCACUGAAAUGAUGUAUAUAAACAUAAUAAAAAAUGAGACCGAAGCAAAAGAUGUAUGUUCUACUUCCACGUCGGUCAUAUCCAGCGAUUUUCGAAACAGUCUAAAGUUAAUUUCACAGUUGAAUGGUCCAUCAGAAACUGAUCAAAAUAUAAUCAAUAAUGAAGUGUCACCCAAACACAAUAAUAUAUCCAUUGCUGCAAGAGUCGAUGAAAUAAUUGACAAAGGUCAGCCAAAAAUAUUGCUUGCGUCUCCAAGUAUACUCAAAAUAGAUUCAUCAAAUUCUCCAAAUGUAGAAGAACACGAUAACUCUGAAUCUAAGAAGCUUAACUCUUCGUUGGAAUGCAGAAAAAGCAUUGAUAAGAUCUAUAAUUUGAUGAAAGAAUUGGAAACUGCCCAAAAUAUACACACACACAUUGAUAGUAAGUCGCAACCGUCUAACAGUAAGUACAUCUCAAACAUUUCCGAGAAAGGCAAUGUGGCUGAAGGUAGGACAACCUCUACGUAUCAGACAAGCGAUAGUGGAACAAGCCUUAAAGACGAUUUAACGUCGUCCAAUCCCAGUUCUUUGAGCUGUGGAAAAUAUAAUAUGGAAAAGGUCGGCAUUAACACCUUCAAUUAUCAAUCUAAAACUUCGCCAUCCGUCGUACCUAAGGUCAUCAUAAGCUCAAAAUCAUUUCCUAAAACUGAUCCAGAAAAGCCGAAAAAAGAGCGUAAACGACUUAUCCCCAGUCCAACUAUUAAAAUAGCAGAUAAUCCUUUGAAAGCAAUAUCACAACUUUUACAUGAAUUUGAAAAUGUGCAGAAAGUAAGGCAAAAGUCUGGAGAAAAGUCUUUAAAAAAAAUGGAAGAGGCAGCAUCCGAUGGUAAAACUGGAUCACGACAAAGUUCUUUUAAACGCCGUUCACGACUUGACCAACACAAUGAUACUCAACCAGAGAAAUCAGUGAGGAUAACAAUACCAAAAGAUAAGAAGCCGACUCGAUCGAUAAAAGAAAUGGAAGUACCGAAAAUUCCACACCAACAAAUUCCUGUUUACGAAAAAGAUAAAUUACAAAAAAAGAAAAUUUCGGAUUUGUUAGACGAAGCUAAAGAGGCUAGAGGUGAAGCAGUGCGAGGUCCUUCCAAGUUAAAUUCUAGAUUAAAUUCUCUUGCACAGCCAAAGAAAACGUACGUCCAAGCUCAUAGUGAAGAGUACCAAACUAAAUAUGGCAAAACUUUAAUGGCAAAUAGAUUACAAAGGUUAGCAGUCUCUCAAACACAAUCCACACAGGAAAAGAGCACAGCCUCUGCAAACUCUAGAAUCAAAAUUAAAAGAGGCUCUGAGGCAGUUUCAACAACAACAACAACAACAGCGUCAAUGAAACAGUCGCCUUCUCCAACUGUACCGCCUAUAGCGUCUUCCACAUCGUCUCCAAAUGUUGAAGGUUCUACCGAGCUAGGAAGCAGACUACAUCAUAUUAAAAGCGUAAUAAACUCCAACACGCAAGCUCUGGAGAUACUGACUGAAUGUCACGAAACUAAUUCAAAAAUACGUAAAGGAAAAGCAAAUGACUAUUCUGUCGUUAUAAAAGUAUCCAGGUGUGAACAGGUAUCCUCUGAUUCUGAGUAUGCCAUAGAUGUGUUAGAUGAUAACAAUGUUGUAACGUCAGUCGAAAGAGUGGACAAAGCCUCUGAAAAUAUAAUGGAGCAAAUUAAUGUUAUAGAGCCAGACGCUACUGAGUAUAGUCUUCAACCAUUGAAGUCGGUUACAGAGUUGGAAAAGUUACAAAAUGCCUUAUGUCAGCAUAUUUCGGUGGGGGCCUUUCAAAAGCGGUUGCGUCUUCAAAAAUUGACAUUAACCCCAAAACAGUCGGAGCAGCCAGUGCUCGUUCUACAGUCAGGAGAUGCAGCCUCAUUAGUAGUCCAAACUCCGCUCAGAACUAACUUAAAGGAAUCAAAAGAAAGUCUUUCCGAUAUAAGUACUUUACCAGUACUAUCAAAAACUCACCUAGACUGGAGUUUUGCAAAUUUCCCUUUGCGAAUUUCAACCGUUGGUUAUGCUUUCCCAGAAUACGAAUCCAAAUCGCUUGUUAAAUUAUUUACCAAAGUUUCUAAGAAAACAGAGAAAGUUAUUGAUGCUGAUCAUCGCAAGCAAUGUUUUGAAGGUACGCAGCCCCAAGAUCACUCCGAUCAUAUUGCUCAGGUCGUACCCAAUACGUUACUCACCUUAGGUAUAAGUAACACUCAGGUUCUGGACUCGGACAAAAAGGAAGAGAUAAAUCAAGAUAAUAUGAAGAACAUCGAACAUUUAAUUAAUGAAAAUGAGACAAUAAAAAAUACGCCUUGCGCUCACCCGACUAUUGAGAAAAAAGAAAGUGAUCUUGCAAAAAUAAAACCGGACGAUAUCGAAUACAGUACUUCUUUAGAUAUAUUAGUUGGACUCUUAAACGAAAUCCAAAACAUUACAACAUGUCAGACACUGAUAAGUGAUGACGAUAAAAUGUACGAUGAAAACCAACAGAAGGAAUUAGAAACCAUUUUAAAUAAAGCCGCUGCGCUCGACAACUCCAUCAAUAGUCCUUGCGAUGCAAUUUCUUUUACGUCACUGGACAGACUUCGACAGCUAGAGUCUAGUGUGAGUUUAUAUUCGUUUUAUUUAUCUGACUGUGAUACAUUCUUUGAAAAGGAUAGCAGUAAAUUUAAUUUCACGUCUGAAAUAAUGGAAAUUGAAAAUAAAAGACUGCUAAAUUCCAAAAGACUAUACGUUGAUAAAGAAGUUGGUGUAGACAUGUUAGAUAAAGAAGUAGUAAAUAAAUGCACGGAUGUUCCUUCCGAAAUAAUUCCACUCGGUAUGAACCAAAGUACUGAUAUGACAAACUCGCUGAUAGAAGUACUUCGCGAACCGUCCAACCAAUCGGUGUUCUCCUUUGCAGAAUAUCAUUCCAUAUACUCUGAUGGCUCAUCUCUACCGAAUGAUAGGUUGACAGAUAUUCCACAGAUAAUUGUCACGAGAGAGUUUAACCAGUCCGUAACUUUAUAUGAAGUAAAUAAUAAACCAACCGAAAAACCAAAUGCAAAUAAACUUUUUAGAAAGAAAAUAGAAACGAAUAAAAAAAGUGUAAAGGAGAAGGUGAACAAAGCUAAGUUUCGACUCAAAACCGAGUUUGAUCCAAUUAUGAAAAUGAAGAGAGAUAUUUUGGUAACGGUUUACUCAAUUUUGGUAUUCACUGUUUUCGCUGCAUUGUCUUUUCCUGAGAUGUAUCGUGUUUGAGUACCUAUUUAUAUAGAGCUUCAAAUAUGUUUACGAGUUUGGGUCUAUGCAUGUGUGUUUCAUUCGUAUGUGAGUUUUUUGAUGGAUGGAUUGUCUCGACGUUCGGUCGAUGAACCAAUGUAUGUUUGAUCUUGAUCUAGGGCGAAUGCUUAUUUAUGAACAUUAUUUAUUACUCGACAACCAUAAUAUUUAUAAGAAAAUUGUAAAUUUCUUGUUGUUUUAAA